UACCACUUCAAUAUUUUGCACGCUGCACAAGCUAGCUUAGGUGUAUUCAUCACCCACUCUUCAAACUUCCCCUGUGCCGUUCUACUUCCUAUUUAUUCUACCUUCCUCCUCCUCACAACAACGCUUGCGGCGACGGCACACACGACGGAGACAGUUUCUUCUCACAUUACACGAUAUCAAACAUGGAGAUGCAGUGUGCAAUCAAGAACAAUGUUACUGAGGUAUUUGUACCGUUUAAUAAUUGUUUAUGUAAUGCAAGCUUUCUUUGUCCAUGGUGCUCAGAUUCUACCAAGAUAUCAAACAUGGAGAUGCAGUGUGCAAUCAAGAACAAUGUUACUGAGUUAAUUGGAAACACUCCCAUGGUUUAUCUGAACAAAGUUGUGGAAGGCUGUGUUGCUCAAAUUGCUGCCAAGUUGGAGUCAAUGGAACCUUGUUCAAGCGUCAAAGAUAGAAUCAGAGAUUCAAUUAUUAGGGAUUUUUUUUUGGAUAGUCUCAUAGAAGUGAAACUAGAGUUGAUCGGAAAUAGUGGAUUUUGGAUUCACAGUUUGUUAUGGUGGUUUGCUGUUUCCGAUGCGGUGGAGAGGAGGCUGACCUGUAAGGUUAACGCUCCAACCCUCAAGUCAGUAAGAGAGUGA